AUGGGAGCUUCCAGAGGAAAUGAGAUUGACACCUCUCGAUUGUUACGAGGAAUAGCUCAUCGGGUUAGGAAAGAAAUGAGACGGGAUUUCGGGGGAACAAGCUAUCCACCAGUGCACGAGGGUUGCACAAUUGAUCAAUUCACCCAUCUAAAACCUUCAUCUUUCGAGGAUGGUACUGAUCCGAUUAAGGCUGAGAUGUGGAUACAAGAAAUGAAGAAGAUACUGGUAGUGUUGAACUGCACCGAGGAACAGAAGGUUCUUUUUGCCACUUUCAAGCUGGCAGGAGAAGCUGAACGGUGGUGGCAUUCAAUGAAGUUGUUGGAGGAUCAGCGAGCGGUACCUAUAGCUAUGACCUGGGGUUAUUUCAAGCAGGUCUUCUGUGACCGAUACUUUCCUGCCACCACCAAAAAUGUGAAGAUGAAUACCAAAAGGCAAAGUGGUUUGAAAGAUGCCUGA